UUUGAAAUACAACACUUAUUGUUCGAUUUUAUUUCGGCUGUCAAAAUUUUGUAAUAAAACCAGUCUAGCAUUUUCUUAACCAUGCCAACAUUUUUCCAAGCCAUAUCCAAGUCAACGCUGCAUCCCACGGUCAGGGAUAAGCAUAAAAUGUUCCUGGGACAUGCUUGUCCGUUUUUCAGCAGUGCUGGCAAAAUCUCUAGGGCAGAGAAUCAUUACAGCCUCCUUAGGAUCAAUAAUGAGAAAUCGGAGAUGCCUCUGAUCAAACGAAUGGAACACCUCCAAAAGGGCAUGUUUUCAAGUGGAGUUAAAUCAUGCAAUGCGCAAAUCGAGAUGCCCAAGUGGAAACGAUUCAAGAAUCACAUAAGGCAGCUAAAGCAGAUGUACCAGUCGCCUCAUGGCCAGCAGUUAAAAGCUAGCAAGUCAAAAAGAAAGCUUCCCCGAGUAAGAGAAAAACAAUUGUUUGAGCAAAAGGAAAUUUCAAACAAAGUUUUCGAAAUAAAUCAGACUAAAAGGCAAAGAAUCCGAUUCAAGCCCCAAAAGAAUGUUCCCGUGCCUUUGGCAAAACCUAUUAACUCAAGUCCAAAUAGUCCAGGAUUUUGUCACAUUCUUAAUCGACUGCUUAGUAGAUUUGUGUUUAGAAAAAACAAAGCAAAAAUGCAAACAAAGUUCAUUAAGCCUAAUGAUAAAGCAACGAAAAUAUAUAAAAGAUCAUCUCAACUCAGGCAGAAAUCUUUACAAAAUCAUAGGUUAUCUGUUGUAGAAACAGAAAAGAAGCUAACAGAACUGUGGCCAGCCCUAGUAGAGCUGGGCGAGUUAAAAGGCCCAAAGAAUCCAUCAAGGCUAAGCACGAAUAUGCAGUAUACGAUUUUAAAGAAAUUAUCUCGAACUGCCUUAAAUUUGCCCACGGAAUAUAGAGAUCUUUUGAAAAACAUGUCUACAAAGAGGUCAAUAAAACACGGGAUAAAUUCGUUUUAUGCACCAUCUAAAACAUCGUCACUAAAAAUAAAAAAUCUCAAAAAACAGCCCUCUCUGAACCAGCGAUUUGAUUUUAAACUGGGUGAAAGCCUAAAAAUUCAUGACUACGGGUUCAAGUAUCUAAAGGAGCGGGCCUCGAAACUAGAUGCUUCCAGUAGAACAAAUAUGCUUAAGAAACAGCUAAUAGAUUCUACUUCACCACGGGAAGCGGAAGCUAUUUCCAGCAAAAAGGUCUUUCGAACUAUGGACAUGAGUUUAAGACGUUCAACUAGACAAACUGCGGCGAACAUGUUCCUUAACAUACAAAGAUCCUACGAAAGAAAAAUUUCUUCUAAGACAGAACUUGUACAGCAACUUCAUCGCUUGGAUAAUUUAAACCAUGAGGAGCCUAACAGCUUUGAUUAUUCUGAUGAAACUGUAUCGCCGUUAUGUUCCGACUUGUCGGAGCGGUUAAAUAGAACAUUUAAAAGACUUAAUCAAUCCAAGGCGAAUGCUGCACUCACGAUUUCAGGCAUCAACGAUUCGCCUCAAGAACUCUUGACUUUCGAUAAUUAUGAAGUUGUUCACGUUCCUUUGAAUAAAAAGAAACGCCAACCUGUCAAACUCUUAAGGAAAAAACAACCCAAGAGUUGUAACAGAAUUCAUGUACCCCAGGCUGAUGCAGUUACUCAAACUGAAUGCGAAUGUGAAAUUUGCAAUUUGCUGCAAAAAUAUAGGGCAGAAAAAGUACCACCAUUGGUGAAGGAAAUGGCAAUCAAACAAGACUUCUUGGCGCACCGACAAUACUAUAUGGAAAAUUUAAAGCAUAGGAACUUUAAGGUGUGUACUAAUAAUGUGGAAAAAAGCCAAAACUUUUUGGGCUCUGUAAUAAAAUCCCCCCCAAACGAUUAUUACACAAAAACCAAAUAUCUUUGUACAAGCAUCGUAAAUCUGAAAGAUACAAAUAUUUAUUUGCGGGGCUUCAAGCGCAUUUCGGAAAAUUAUCGUCAACUAGGAUCACCCUUCGGUAUCGAAAAUUCCAAACCACAAAUAAUUAAAGCUUACAAGAAACCCGAUGUGACGAAAAAUUUGUUACAAUGCUAUAAAACCCUUUUCGAGGCUGAACAGCGGACACAUGAAAUAUUUACUAAUGUCUUUUAUCCGAAAGAAAAUAUUUGUCGAGCAUGAAGAUACAUUUUCAGUUUGCAUUUGCUGUUAAUGAAGUGGUGAUAAGGUCCACUGCUCUUUGGAACGAGUUUAGUUGGUUUUGCCAUUGUCAAUCAAUGAAAAAAGGAGAAAUGCGCGGCCAUCGGUUUCUAAUUUAUCUUCAAGAAUAUAAAAAAAACAUAUUCAUUUUAUUGAAUUAAUUGUCAAUGAACUGUGUGUUCACUUCACAUGAAGUCACGGAAACGAACACAGAGUUCAUUUCAAUGAAAUUCAAGGGAAUGAAGCCAGAAUUAUGUUAUGUUGGUUCAUCUGCAAUAUAUGUAAUAAACAAAGGAAAAGUGAAAAAUGGCCGGUUGAAUAAAAAUGAAUUGUUCGAUCA